AUGUUUUCUGGUUUGAGUUUCAAGGACUCGGUGUUGAGCACCUCCAAAGGGUCUGAGAAUGUGCGGUUGUCCUCUGGAAAGACUAUUGUUCUGAAGACGCGGCAGCGAGACCGGAGCGUGGAUCUCGCGCCUUGUCUGAGUGAUAAUAACUCCAUGGACGUUCUUAUGGGGAACCUGGAUAUUGAAAAAGUAGUCCAGAAGCCCCGUUUUACACCCAAGCCGAAGCGGUUAAAGUCGGAUAAAGUUUUGUGGACUGAAAAGUGGAGACCUUCAACGUAUCUCGAUCUACUUGGCAAUGAGAGAAUCAAUAGACUGACUCUGGAGUGGCUCAGUCAAUGGUCCAAGGUAGUGUUCAAUACGCCCAAUGAUAUGACAGAGAAAAAUCGCGAGCUUGGAGAUCCCUAUGGAAGACCUCACCGGAAGAUUCUUUUGCUGAAUGGACCCCCAGGUAUAGGCAAGACUUCUAUAGCACAUGUAAUUGCCAAACAGGUGGGCUACGAGGUUCUAGAAAUCAACGCCAGUGACGAACGGGCUGGUACCUCCGUGAGAGACAAGAUCCGAAACUCUCUUUCUUCGGUGACUUUUAGCGGAAAACCAACAUGUUUGGUGAUAGACGAGAUUGACGGCAGUACAGAGACCGGAUUUAUCAAGGUUUUAUUGGAGAUUCUCAACGAGGAUGAUAGAGCCCAGGUCAAAUCCAAGAAGAAGGCGAAAUUCCUCAUGAGACCCAUUAUCGCGGUGUGUAAUGAUCUUUAUGCUAGUUGUCUGGAGAAGUUACGUCCUCGUGCUGAGAUCAUUACCAUGAGACACCCCCCUAGAAGAGCCAUCAAGGAGAGACUACGAAAGAUCUGCAAAGCAGAGUCCCUAGCAUUCAGUGAUCCCAACCUGGAAGCGGUAGCUGAAACUUGCAAUUUCGAUAUGAGAGGUUGUUUGAAUAUGUUGCAAUUUUCUGGUGGAAGUUCCAUCAAAAAUGGUGGUGGAAAAGACUUGCAAACGAGUUGGUUUAAUCUCGUGAAGACCACAUUCACCAGAGAUAACUCUCUGAAACUCGGCCAACAGUUUGCACAACUCGAGAAAUUACUGCUGGUGAGUGAUGAAAAAGUCUUGAAUGGAUGUUUCAAUGCGUAUCUCAAUGUGGGAUAUCAGAACAUUGAUCUUACCAGGUGCGACGCCAUGACUGAUUGGCUGUAUUUUGCUGAUGCAGCUGGCAACUUACAGGAUAGCUACAGUUCGUUGGCGGUGCUCAAGUUCUAUCUUUUAUUCAGUGGAACCAGCACCGAGGUCAAAACCAGCAAUCUGAGUGAGUUUUACGAAAACAGGCGGAGAUAUGCUCAAAUGCUCAGGUAUUUCAACACCGCAGUCAGCAUCCCAACCCUGGAUCUGGUCAAGUAUGUGAUACCGUUUGCGUCGUCGAUUUUAACGCUGAAUUUGAAGGUGAGCAUUCACAACAUGAAGCCAAACGAAAAAGCAAAGUUGGAAACCAUAAAGAACGUUAUGAAACAGUUUGGCGUGAAGGUGGAGAGAUCGUCCACUGGACUCGAGCUGUAUCCUCCGAUAGACAGUCUAUGCCAUUUCAGCGAACAGUCUUUGAGGCAGCACCAACAAAAAAAACAGCCUCUACUUAUUCUGUUGAACGAAGAGCGUAUUUUGAAGAGAAAGCCAGAGCCCUUGGAAGAACGGCCGACCAAGAGAAAUGUUUCAGCCGACUUCUUCAAGAAGCAAUAUGGAGAGAUAGUCGAGGCACCCAUCAAAAACAACGAAAACCGGAUUUGGGUGAAGUAUCACGAGGGAUUCUCGGAUGCGGUCAAGAAGAACAUUCGGUGGAGCGAUCUUUUUUGA